GAUCUCCCCGUGUGUGCUGAGUGUAACAACCGAAUCUCUGAGGCCUCCGUCCUUCGACUCUGAGGACGUCUCACUAGGGGCUCGCUGCUUAGAACGCACAGAGUCGCAGUGGCUUAAGGUGGCCAGUGAUGGACCUCAUAAGACUCUCCCGGCUCUUUUCUGGUCCCCACCCCAUAGGACUGUCUGUUCUUCAACAUCUGGAUCUUCUUGGACCUACCCGAUGGACAGGAGGCAGGAGGGGACCUGCUCGGCUGAGGGCCUCCUUCUGUGGCUCUUCCUCCCUCCUGCCUCUGGGCAGAGGGAGUCAGAAGAAAAUGAGCACUCUCUGCCCUGACUCCAGUAAGCUCAGCACUGAGGCUCCUCAGGAGGAGGAAGAGGAGAGCUUUGGAACCCUCUCUGACAAAUUCUCCUCCCGGAGAAUAUUCCACAAAUCAACAGCCCAGCUCUAUAACCUGAAGCUCAAGGAACGGGGUGUUGAGAAGGAAGAAUUGGAGCCCAGACUGUGGCGGGGCCAGAGGAACACUCCAUACUGGUACUUCUUUCAGUGCAAACGUCUGAUCAAGGAAGGAAAGCUUGCAGAGGCCCUGGAUCUGUUUGAGAGGCAGAUGCUGAAGGAAGAGCGCUUGCAGCCUCUGGAGUGCAACUACACGGUGCUGAUUGGGGGCUGCGGACGUGUUGGGUACCUGAAGAAGGCCUUCAGGCUCUUCAAUGAUAUGAAGAAGAGAGGCCUGGAGCCCUCGGAUGCCACAUACACAGCUCUGUUUAAUGUCUGUGCGGAGUCCCCCUGGAAGGACUCUGCCCUGCAGAGUGCGCUGAAGCUCCGACAGCAGCUCCAGGCCAAAAACUUCCAGCUCAACCUGAAAACAUAUCAUGCCCUGCUGAAGGUGGCCGCCAAGUGUGCAGACCUUAGGAUGUGCCUGGAUGUCUUCAAGGAAAUCAUCCAAAGGGGGCAUGCAGUCACAGAGGAGACCUUCUGUUUUCUGCUCGUGGGCUGCAUCCAGGACAAGAAGACAGGCUUCCGGCAAGCCUUGCAGGUGUGGCGGCAGAUGCUGAAUCUGGGGAUCAAACCGAGUAGGCAUGGCUACAACCUCCUGUUGGGAGCAGCUCGAGACUGUGGUCUGGGGGACCCAGAGAUUGCCUUCAGGCUGCUCCUGACAUCCCAGGAAGAGACCUUCCUGCUCCAGCCCCCAACAGGCAAGCAUCUGGCAAGGAGGAAAGUCCAGGCCAAGACAGAGCAUGGUAUGUCAGUCAAACAUGUGAUGUCAGUCAGACAUGUGGAAGCAUUGGAGAGGCAGCUGUUUCUGGAACCUUCUCAGAAACUCGAGGGGCCACCAGCCUUUCCUGAGGCCAGGGUAACAAGCAGGAUUCAGCCUGAAGUACAAACCAAGGCAGAACCUGGCCACAUAGUAGCCCUCACCCCACUGGCCCUGAAACCCCCCCACUUGGAGCUGGAAGUCAAUCUCCUAAGUCUUGAGACUCUCUCCCCCGCUGUGGUCUCUUUUGGGACAGUGGCCACACCCGCUGAUAGACUGGCUUUGAUGGGGGGCCUGGAAGGCUUCCUGGGCAAGAUGGCAGAGCACGGGCUCCAGCCAGACAUUAAAACCCUCACUCUGCUGGCGGAGGUGGUGGAACCUGGGAGCCCCGCAGAGUCCUCGCUGCUGUCCACCCUGGACAAGCAUAGGGUGGAGGCUGACGUAACCUUCUUCAACACACUGAUAAGGAAGAAGAGCAAGCUUGGAGACCUGGAGGGAGCCAAGGAACUGUUGCCAAUCCUGGCAAAGAAGGGAAUUGUCCCCAAUCUUCGGACUUUCUGCAAUCUGGCCAUUGGGUGCCAUCGGCCCAGGGAUGGUAUGCAGCUGCUUGCAGAUAUGAAGAAGUCCCAGUUGACCCCUAAUAUCCACAUCUACAGCACCCUUAUCAACGCAGCCCUCAAGAAGCUGGACUACACCUAUCUCAUCAACAUCCUGAAGGACAUGAGGCAGAACAGCGUCCCAGUGAAUGAAGUGGUCAUCCGCCAGCUGGAGUUUGCAGCCGAGUACCCUCCCACCUUUGACCGGUACAAAGAAAAAAACACCUACUUGGAGAAGAUUGAUGGCUUCCGCGCUUAUUACAAGAAGUGGCUGCAAGUGAUGCCAGCAGAGGAAGCCCCCCACCCUUGGCAGGAGUUCCAGAACAAGCCUGUCGGGGACCAAGACACCACUGACAGUGCUGGAGGCCUUAUGGAUGGAUGACAGAAUUCGUUGCUAUGACAAGUACCCAGCCUUCACAUUGCUGGUGGAGCCCAGGAGUCCCUUCAACUUUAGAAGCCAAGAAUAUUCCAGAGGCACCAUAGCAUUUUACAGGCAUAGGUGUAAAAAAUGCUGGACUCAGGGUGCCCAGAUCAUAGCAGGUCCCAAAGGCCAAGACAUACUUGACAAAUAAUCAUGGUCACACAGCAUCUACGACAUAGAGAUACCAGGACUAAGUCCAUUCCCUGCAUUCCACAGCUCGAUGCUCUGAGAGAAUGAAUGUCACUAAGAGGUCUAAAGGUUUUAUUUUUACAGAUUUCAGCUGGUCAACACUAAAGCUGUCACCUGUAGAGCUCAUGCUUCCCCUGGGUCUUUUCUCAGAGCACCACUCAGAGAAGAGUUGCUUCAGGAGGCAGUAGCCCAAUAAGCAUGAGCCCAAGGUUCAAAGUCCAGGAUGCAGGGGAGUCAAGGGUGUCAGCCAGAGCAACCUCGGCAGCCACAGUGUGUGCACUCGAUGAUGCGACCCUGUAACAGAAAAGGAACGUCUGAAUACACUGCUACAGCCUGCACACUCCUAAAAGAACCUGCUCAACAGGGUGCUAGUGGGAUACUCUCUUGCAGAGCAUCUACUAGACAGUUCCACUUGGACAUUUCACCUCCUUUGUGAAAUGAAAACAGUUACUACCAGGGUGAAGUUAGUGUCUGUGUAUGAUUGCUAUAACAAGACACUAAGAUUGCCACAAAGAAUGGUGGGCCUGCCACUGCCCAGAGGGCUAAAGCCAGAGUUCUUAAGGCCAUUGGGGCAUAGUGACUGGCUGGGGGACUGGAGCAAUGUGCAUUUAUCUCCUUUUCUGGAGACCGUGAGCCCAUUCUAAACAAAGUUCUCUGGUGAAGCUCUGUUAGACCUGUUUUAACUGAGAAACCAUCUCAUAAAGGAUGACCCUAAUUUUCUGGUCCUGCCAACAGCUGCUAAGUGCUGGGAUUACAGAUGUACAGUUGCACAUCUGGCUCUAUGGGGCACUAAAGAUGGAACAUAGGGCUUCUAUGGCUUCAUGCAUUCUAAGGGGCCCUCUAUCAACUAAGGUAACAAUCUGGCCCUGAAGCUCAGUUAAACCUAAACCACAGGCUAAGAGCUUUGUGAGAAACGGCUAUUGCUCACUAGCCAUGGCUCAACACAUCCACACAGAGCCCACCCUUAGCACAGAGGACAGAGCUUCCUGCUGAGCUGAGGCCAUCUGCAUCUGCACUCAAUGAAAACUAAGAGGAAACAGUUGAGGCCAAGCUGAAUGGAUGGCCCAUCUGUCCUUACCUCAGACUGGUGCUCCAUUUCAAGGGUCUGGAGACUGGAGCCAGACUGGAGCCCAGUUACUGUAUACCAGCACUGCUGUUGAGUGCCUGGCCUACCCUUAAAACCAUUUUUUCUUUUUGAAGUAGGAUCUCCAGUACUAGCUCAGGCUGGCCUUAAUCUCCCAAGUGCGGGGAUUAAAGGCUUGAGCCACCACUCUUGGCUUUGGAACAAAGUUCUAGCAGAAGACACGCGGGAGAUUAAUGUCCCCAUGAGCCUAGAGGGAGAGGUUACCUGACGACUAGCCUCGCUAGCACAAACCUCCCAUCACCUCAUAGCUGCUGCCAUCACUGCCCCCUAAGGAAUGAGGUCUGCUUCAGUUAUCUGCCCACCAGCAGUACUGAGACCAGCCCCAGAUUCCACCUCAAAAGGAUCCUUGGGCAGGACUCACUUUGGGAAGGGUGGCUAGCAGGGUUCCAGUGACAAAACUACUUCCCAAAAUAACCCUGUGGUCAACUAAGGCAAAGUGUUAAACAGAAAAUAGCCCCCAUCCACCCAUCAGGCAUUACCACUUCCAGCUUGCUCUUGGGAACCCGGCAAAUGCAGUUGGUGCCAAAGUUGGUGUCUCGAGUCUGAAUGCAGCGCAGGCAGCACAGAUUCUCAUAGCCCUGCUUCUUCCACUUUGCAAUCAGGUUUUUGUCUGCAUAGCCUUCUUUAAUGCAGUAUUCAUAGAGUUCUGACAGAAAGUUGGGGACAAGACAUCAGAAUAUGGACUAAAAAGAAAAGCUGAGUAUGGUGGCACAAGCCUUUGAUCCCAGCACUUGGGAGACAGAGACAGAACAAUCUCUUUGAGUUCGAGGCCAGGCUGGUCUAUAAAUUGAGUUCCAGGAGAGCUAUGAGUUCAUAAACCCUGGCUCAAAAAACCAAACUACAACAACAAAAGCCAGUAAUCCCAGAAAUUAGCAGACGCAGGUAGAGCAUUGUGAGUUCGAGGCCAGUCUGUAUAUAAGUUCCAUGCCAGUCAGGGCUACGUAGUGUAACCUUAUUUCAGCAGUAACACACAGAUUUCUUCAUCUUCCGUGGUGAGAAAACUGAUGCUUGGAUUUGCAAAGAAAACCAUUGCUUUAAUUUUCAUUUCUGGGGCCAGGAUCUCACAUUACAGUCAAGGGUUGGCUGGAACUCCCUACAGUCUUCCUGCCUUUGCUUUCCAAGUGCUGAAAGUAUAGAUCUGAACUUCCCUUUACUUUCCUCCUCUUCCUCCUUUUCUGUUUUUUCGAGACAAGGGUUUCUCUGUGUAGCCCUGGCUGUCCUGGAACUCAACUCUGUAGACCAGGCUGGCCUCGAACACAUAAGAGAUCCACCUGCCUCUACCUCCUGAAUGCUGAGAUUAAAGGUGCAUGCCACCAGACCCAGGUUUUUAUGAACUACUGUAUAAAUCCUGAAAGCCACUCAAGUCCAAUAAAGACGCAGAAUGCCUCA